AUGCAAUGGCUUUUCCUGGUGCUGGCUCUGACCGGCACAGCUGCGGACUUCUACGAGCCCUGCACGCCUGACCAGGCCCUGCAGGCACUGAGCAAGGUUCAGGCGAUGGACCCCGUGUCCGAUGAAUUUGACAUGUUUUGUCAAGCCUGCAGCGACGCGCAGGUUUGCUGCGGCUGCUUCUCAGGAGUUCUGGGCCUGUUGAAGGGGGUGCGCCACGAGCUGGCAACUCUGAAAGUGCUGCGUCAAGUUGACGUGCAGAAGCUACGGAACAUGUCCGCGAGGUUGGGAAAAUACCAGGUGAAGCUGCGCCGUGGCCCCGAAACUCCUGGCCUUGCAACACUUGCAAGAGCUCGGGCAGCCUUGAGGAAAAAGUUUGCGGACGCCCAAAGCACCUAUCAAUUCACCAGCGGCGUGGCCCUGCGCCUGGCGGAUGAGCGAGACCUAGGCUUUCGGGGCGACAAAACUGCAUCCUUGAUGAGCGAGAUGUUCUGGUACUUCAAGGAGGAACAGACCAUGCCGGUUUACAACCUGCUUGUGCAAAACCACAACACGUGCUUGCCGGACAUCUUUGCCGGCAAGUGCGAGCAGCGCCAUUUUUCCAUCUUCGAGGAGUUUCCGUCGAUGCAAGGACCCGCAGAGGAUGGCUUCAUGCUGGACUUUCUUGGCAUAUCGAUGCCUAUCGAUGCUGAUUGUCAAAAGAAGCAGUUCAUGUUGCUGGCGCCCGGUCGAACGAUGCAGUGCCAAUACUAUCAGGCCGGAAUGACACUUCCUCGGGUCUGGCCGGUGCUGGACGAAGAGUAUCUGGAAUGGGCGGAUAGCCUCACAACUGCCGUGCAGGCAGCACAAGCUGGCCGGCCAUUCCGCAUGGCUGAGCUGGGCAGCGGGCCCUAUGGCAUUUGGGCCAUGCGUGCGGCAAAGGCCUUUGUCAAGCAUGCUGCGCCUGACCUCCCCUGUGAGCUCCUGCUUGUUGAACCUUUUGCCCUUGGGGAUGGGUCUCUUCUGCGCACCCACACAGCCAUGAACUUGCCGCCGAACCGGUGCAAGUUUGUGGUGCACACAGAGCCCGUCAACACGAAUGACCAAGUCAAAGCCUUACUUGGUUCUGGUGUUUGGGAUCUUGUUGAUGUUGAUGUUGAUGGUGCUGAGCAAACUAUGCUGCCAGGCUUGUUCGGCUGGCUGUCAACAAGAGUUCGACGCCUGCAUUUGUCAACGCACUCGCGGCAGAUUCACUGGGACUUCAUGGAAGGGCUGCAAAGAGAUGGCUGGGAGGUCCAGGCCCAUUAUCCCACACUGUCUUUGGUGGGACUUGAAGACAAGGGUUUGGGACGAUUUCUGAAUUGCGAUGGCCAUAUCAGUGCGCUGCCCCGCUUUUGGCAGUGGAGAUAA